AUGGCAGUUGAAGCUCAGCAUCUCAAUCUAUUUUAUCCCCAGAUUCUCAGCAACAGAGAAUUGGUGAUGAACGGCGUCGAAGGUAACGAAAACGUGUUUGGUGCGACGUCGGUGUACGGAGUGGUUGCUUCAGCAUCGAGAACGGCGGCGGCUGGGAUGGAGAGUGCGGUUUCGAUGUACGGCUCGUCAAUCGCCGCCGCACUUCCGAUGAAAGCGCCGGCGGAGAUGAAGUCCGACAUCGGUCUGACCUGUGUUCCGGCCUCGAGAAAGCGGUCGCGGGAGGCGGUUAAUACUCUGUUCUCGUCGUUCGGUGGUUUCACUUUCCUCGGUGAGGAUAUCUCGCUUCAGAUCCAACAGCAGCAACUGGAGAUCGAUCGGUUCAUAGCUCAAAACUCAGAAAAUGUGAGAAUGGAAAUGGAGGAGAGGCGACGGAGGCACGCGAGGAGGAUCGCGGCGGCGGCGGUGGAGAGCCUCUCCAAGCGGCUUAAAGUCAAGGAGGAAGAAAUCGAGAAGAUCGGAAAACUGAACCACGCGCUGGAGGAACGGGUCAAAUCUCUAUGCGCCGAGAACCGGAUAUGGCGGGACCUGGCUCAUGCGAACGAGGCGGCGGCGAACUCCCUGAGAUCCAAUCUGGAGCAAGCCAUCGCUCAGGCGCGAGACGGAGACCGCCGGCAGGCCGACGAAGUCAGCUCCUCCUGCGGCAGCAAUCACGGCGAGGGCGGCGGCCGGAUGUGCCGGAGCUGCGGCAGGGAGGAAUCGUGUGUGUUGCUCUUGCCGUGCAGACACAUGUGCCUCUGUACCGUCUGCGAGUCCACGCUUCACACGUGUCCCAUCUGCAACGCUACCAAAACUGCCAGCGUUCACGUUAACCUCGCCUGUUGA